ACUUCUGUUCUGCCCAACCCCACUCCAUCCAUCCAAAUCAGCUUUGCCUAGCUUAUUAUUCCUUACCGACAAACAAAACUGACACGGAUCCGCACAGAGCAACGAACUCGCCCAGUCCGGCUGCUGCUGCUGCACAACGGACUCGAUCUCACGGCCCCGCCGGCUCGCAGCCAUGCAGACGCAGUCCCGCCUGGCCAUGAGCGGCGGCGGCGGCAGCGGCGGCAGCAGCAGCAGCUCGGCCUCGGAGGACGAGCACGAGGCGGUGAUCCGCGAGCUGACGCGGGGGCACGAGCUGACGGCGCAGCUGCGGGCCGAGGCCCUACGCGCGCUGCGCGGGCAGGGCCAGGCCGAGGCCACCGCGGCAUUCAUCCUGCAGGAGGUGUCCCGCGCCUUCACCGUCUGCCUCUCCAUCAUGAGCUCGCCCGCCCGCGCCCCGCCGCCGACGAUGGAAAUGCCCGCGCCUGCCCUGGCCCCGCGACGGGGCCGGGACGACAGCAUCCCAAGAGAGCAACGGAGGACGUCCUCGCCGCACAGCGACGGGUACCAGUGGAGGAAGUACGGCCAGAAGAGGAUCACUAAGUCGCCGUUUCCGAGGUGCUACUACAAGUGCAGCUUCCACCGCGAGCGCAGCUGCCGGGCCACCAAGCAGGUGCAGCAGUGCAGCGACGGCGACGGCCACCCGCCCCAGUACGUCGUCAUGUACUUCAACGAGCACACGUGCGACACGGCGGCCUGGGAGCCCGCGGCGGCGGCGGCGGCUUCCUCGGGGGUGCCGCUGGACGACCUGUCCAGGUCCAGGCUGCAGGCGGUACUAGGCCAGGGCCAGCAGGGCGCUCGCGCGCUGCUGCUGGACGAACGCGGCGUCCAGGAGGAGCACGAGCGCCGGCUUCUCGUCUCGUCGCUCGCCUGCGUGCUCGGGGGCCAGCAGCAGCAGUCUCCUGCGGGCAGCGGAACAACCACGGCCGUCGACCCCGCCGUUAACGUGGGGCAGGAGCAGGAGCCGCCGCCGCCGCGGGCCCGCACGCCUGCGGCCGUUGACGCGGCCGGUGAGAUGCCGCGUAUCAUUGGCGUGGACGUGGCGGGGCUGGAUGUCAUGGACUACGAUGUGACGGACGCGCUGUGUCUCGCCCAUUCCUACGACGACCUACCUGACGACGGGUUUCCGUUUUGCUGAGUGCGCAGCCGCACCACAUGCAUCUUCUCGCGAAACAUACGUACGGUACAUGUGCCAGGCCCGAGAUAGUUCAUGUCGGGCGCGACGGGUCACUGAGCCUUUGGUCAUAGAACAAUUAAUACUGUGAUAUAUAGUACUGUCUCUACUACGGAGUACUUAUCUAGCAGUAGUAGUAACUACACACUUGCCCAGCUUAUUACAGCCAGGCUUUGCGUAUCUCCAGAUAAGUUUAGGUCAGGCUGGCGUGAUUAAUUUGCAAGUUCUUUUUUUUUGUGUGUGUGUUAAUCAGCGUGCAUGCCAUGUACUACUAGUUCCCUUGUUUUCGUUCCACUAUUACAAGUGUGCAAUGUUUUACAUAUA